CAGGCAUUGGAACUCGGCCAUGAUGAGUUGAGUUAUAUGUGGAAAUUGGUUAUGGUUGCAGUUGGGAUAUACAUAUUCUUUCUUUUGGAAAGUGUUAUGAAAAUGUACCUCCAUUUCAAAACCCUCAACGUAAGUUUUUUAAUAUGUUCAAUGUUGCUUUGGAAAAUUAUCUGUAAACAGGGCCUUUUCUAGACGCGAUAAUUGGGGAUGUGUGUGUAAAUUUUUUAUAUAUUCAUGUUCACAUGCCGUAAAAACAAUCGAAAGAAAUCCGUGGGGCAGAACACGAAUAUAUGAAUAUACACCCCCCUCCCCAAUUAUCGCGCUAGGAAUUAACGGCCCUCUCUGUAAAGUAUAAUUAUGUCGUUUUGGAUUUUACAUAUACAGCUAUUUCAAUUUAGGUUGUCCACGAGCAAAGCUUUGAAAAUUCAUUAAUUUGUUAACAAUUCGCAGCGGCCUAUCGCGCUCGUAUUCGACUUUUCCGCUUUGCUCGUAAGUGUUGAUGUUUUAGCCAUCUCAGAACAUUGGUUAUACGCCGAUGAGCUUACUAUAUUAGACAAUUUACAUAACGAUUUUUUGUAUUAUGCAAAGACAAGCGAACAAAAUAAUAUGAACACAAGAUGGAAGCGAGGUCAGGGGGGCGUCGCGAUUGUUUGGAAAAAACAUCUCAAGGCACAACGAUUAUUACUCGGAAAUGAUAGGAUCGUAGCAAUUAAAUUUCGAAUGAAUAAUCAGAAUUAUGUUUUCUGUAGUAUCUAUUUUCCAUCAACGAACAGUAACUUGGCUGAUUUUAUCGACACUCUAACUUGCCUUAAUACAGUGUGCACUCAAUUAAGUUACAGAGAAGAGCAAAUCAUUAUUGCAGGCGAUUUUAACGUACAUGUAUCGGAUCCACGUUCAGGUCAACGUGAAAAUAAUAGAGGAAAACUACUCCUUGAAAUGUUUGCUGAAUUUGACAUGUUUCCAGUUAACGUGGAUAUGCCCUGUAUGGGUCCGCUAUUCACGUAUUACUCAAGUUGUGGUAACAGUGUUGUUGAUUACAUUUUUGCGAGUAAGAACAUCGAAAGAAUUGUAAAGUGUGUUAAAGUUGGCGACGAACAUCCGUGCAAUUUAUCUUAUCAUUUGCCGUUGAUUGCUGGCAUUGAAAUUUCUGCUGGUAUAAACUGCCAUGAAUCAUCUAAUAAUUUAGAAAAUGAGUAUGAACGAAUCGCGUGGAGGAAAUGUGCUUCGGAACAAGUACUAGAAUAUCAAAGGAGAUUAAAUGAUACAAUCAUAACAAUGGAUGAUACCUUAUACACCAGUGAUGACGUUGAGAACUAUUAUCGUUUGAUCUGUCGCAGCAUAAAAAGCAGCGACAAAUGUCUACCUCGUGCGAAGUAUAAGAAGUCCAUCAAGCCCUACUGGAAUAAUGAACUCAAGCGAUUAAAGACAGCUUCUAUGGAGCUUCAUAAGAAAUGGACCUCAGAAGGACGUCCAAGAGGAGAACAGUAUGAAAGUUUUCGGUUAUACAAAGAUGCAAAGCGUCUGUUCAAGAAGGAACAACGUAAAAUGGUACGAAAAACAGAGGAGAAUGAUUUCAAAGAGCUUAGUGAGGCUUCCGAGAUCGAUCACAUCAGGUUUUGGAAAUAUGUAAACCGACGUAGAAAGAAGAAAAGAUCAACUAAUGUGCUCACAACGAAUGAUGGAAGAACUAUCUUAAAUCCAGAAGAAAUAGCAGAUGUGUGGGCUAAUUACUAUGAAAAACUUUUAACUCCUGAGGAAAAUACAAAUUUUGAUGAUGACUUCAGGGAGUAUAUCGAUAUUGAGGUUAGUGACAUAACAAAAAACUCCUUAGCUGAAUUUGAUGAUAUCUUUCAGGAUCCCAUAACUUUAAAAGAGAUCGAGGAUGUGCUAACAGAAUUACCAAAUAAUAAAGCUCCCGCGGGUGAUGAUGGCAUAACGUAUGAACAUAUUAAGUACUCUGGGGACAUUCUGGCUGCCAAGCUGUUAAUACUUUAUAAUAAGAUCAUUGAAUUGGAGUACAUCCCAAGACAAUUUAAGUUAGGAAUCAAAAUUCCAAUUCCAAAGGGAGGGAAGAGCUGUGCAUCAAAAUUCGAUGAUCACAGAGGAAUUACUCUUCUUUGUACUUUUAACAAAAUUUUCGAACGUUUAGUACUCAACAGGCUUCAAAAUAAAAUAAGAUGUCGACCCCACCUGCUUCAAGGGGCCUACCAAGCUGAGCGUGACGCCUUGACGACUUCAUUUGUUAUUGACGAGUCAACUAAGCAUUGUUGCGAGGAAAACGAUAAAGUAUUUGCCUGCUAUGUUGAUGUCUCAAAGGCAUUUGAUAAAGUAUGGAUAAAUGGUAUGUUGUUUAAAUUAUAUCACAACGUAAAUAUUAGAGGAAAGUGCUGGAGGCUAAUAAAAGGUUGGUACUCAGACAUGGAGGAAUAUGUCUUUUAUAAUGGUAAACGUUCCAGACAGUAUGAUAUCUUACAGGGGGUUCGACAAGGUGGGGUAUUAUCGCCAUGGCUAUUUCUUCUCUUCAUUGAUGACAUGAUAAGCGAGCUGGAAAAGCUAUCCACUGGUAUAGUUAUUCAAAAUUUGUUUGUUGGAUCACCAAUGUUUGCUGACGAUCUUACGCUAAUGUCAAGAUUAAAACGAGGUCUUGAUAACAUGCUUGUACAAGUUCAUAACUAUAGCCUAAAAUGGAGACUUAGCGAAAAACGAGAUAACAUAUCGGCAGUUACGAACAGAAGAUGGCUUAUAGGAGGUAAAGAAAUCAUGGAGAAAAGUAUCUGGCAUAAUCUUGGAAAAGAUUGGCACACCGACGUUUCCAGCCUUAUUCCAAUACUAGAGGCUGCGAAGAAAGGUCAGGCUAUCGGCAUUGGCUUAGCAAAUCUGGGAUGUAGAUUUAACGGGAUGAAUCCAUUGGUGGCGACUAAGCUGUGGGCACGGAUUGCUCUGCCGAAAAUGUUGUACGGUGCUGAGUUGUGGACACUUAAUCGAGAAAAACUAUCAAAAUUGGAAAAGGUACAGAAUAUAUUUUUAAGAGUAUGUCUGGGUUUACUUAGUGGUACCUCGGGUUCAGCUGCACGUGGACUUCUUGGUCUCUGGACGGUCGGAGCAGAAAUAGACAAACGAAAGCUUCUGUUUCUCAGACGACUAAUAUGUGCAAGUGAGGACUGUGUACAUCGCAGGGUAUUCAUGAUACGACUUAAUAGAUGGAGAUGGAAUCCGAACAAAAUCACUGGUUUUGUACCAGAUUUAGUUAGAAUCUUACAGAAGUAUUGCUUGUGGGAGUAUAUGGACAAUUUUCUGCAGUCUGGAAAUUUUCCCAGCAAAUCUGAAUGGAAGAAAACAGUAAUUGAGAAUAUUAAUCAUGCGGAGAUUGAGUUUUGGAAGAUCAAAACGCAACGUUAUAAACAAUUAGGAUUAUACAGCCAAGUCGUAAAAGAACCAAUGCGUAACAUGUGGCUGCAGUUUGCUCUCGAAAGCAGCGAGAUGGCCAACCAAGUGGCAAUUAUUGUUAAAGUUCUUUGUGGGUCAUUCUAUGUGAAUGGUGUGCGAUUUGCUGGAGAAAAAACACAAUUUCAUUGUAUGUCUUGUGGUAACUACUACACAAAUCCUGUAAAACAUGCUAUGUUGCAUUGUUGUGAAACACAAUUAGCAAGAACAAAAUUAUGGGAACGUAUCACAGAUUUCUUUCCAGUGGAAUUCGUAGCAAACAUUAAUUCGUUAGAUGAGGACAAUUUGAUGCAGACGAUCUUUGGAAACAUGCAAUUCAUGGAGGGACAUAAUAAUAACCAAGUACAAAAUUUUUAUAUUAUAGUUGCUGAGUCUAUUUCAAAGAUAAUAACAAUAUCCAGUUACAUUGACAUUUAUUUGGAUUCAGAAACUAUUUACUAGUUUGUGUGUUGUUUGUCUUUUUUAAACUAAUUUUAAUUAAUUAUUUAUAAUUGUAAAUAUUCGUAUCUUCAAAUAUGGAGGCAUUAAAGAAUUAUACUUACUUACUUACUUACUUACUUACUUACUUACUUACUUACUUACUUACUUACUUGCUUGCUUGCUUGCUUGCUUGCUUGCUUGCUUGCUUGCUUGCUUGCUUGCUUGUUUGUUUGUUUGUUUGCUUGCUUGCUUGCUUGCUUGCUUGCUUGCUUGUAGUACGAUUUGCAAUAGUACGAUUUGCAGACACGCAUGUUUCGGCAUCCCACCACUCAUCAGUGCGUAGACAUCUUAUUGAUGUAAUGGUCUUGUUAGGGACAGACCAUUAGAAAAGUGAUGGGGGGGGGAUUUUCUAAGAGGCAAUAUUUUUUUGUAUACCUAUAGAAAUAUUUUUUUCUCACUUGAUGGCUGGAAAUAUUUUUUAAGUGAAUUUUAUAGGCUUAUCUUCCAAGCAAGGAAUUUUUUUUGUCCUAUGCCUGGGAAGAUUUUUCCCCCUAUUUUUUUCUGGGAAUAUUUUUUUUUUGGUUUUGCCCCCCCCCCCCUCCCCAUCACUUUUCUAAUGGUCCGUCCCUUAAUUAACUGAUGUUAACUGAUUCUAUUGUGACGUUUCUUUUAAUGACGUUUCCAUUGUUAAUCAUUCUAUGAUUACGUCAUUGUCAGCUCCUUUAACUGCCCACCGUAUUGGUGUGUGUGUGCGUGUGUGGUGUGGGGGAGGGGGUCUACUGACGUCCAUGAUGAAGACUAUGGGCUUAGCAGCAACCUCACUCAUUGAAUUGUUCGAUCUUAACAAUGCGAUGUGCAGAAAUCAGAAUAUAACUGGUACAAUUAUAAUGCAUGUGAUAUGUGCUAUCUAAAUCGUAGUGAAAAUCCGCCUCCACUGAUGCACUCUCAUUGCUAUUUUACCUAUAUUGAUAGUCCGAUCCAAAUGCGAAUGAAAUAAAAGUGAAUUCUUAUACAAAUGAUUCAGCUCAUGGGCAUAGUCACCAUUUACCAACUGAAUCUGGUGGACUGUCGCACGUCCCAGAAACGUUUCCUGAAAUGACAGACGAAAAGAAACUAAAUGUGCCGCAGAAUAAAAAGAUCGCUACAGUGGCAUGGAUGAUCGUGAUAGGCGAUGGACUCCACAACUUUAUCGAUGGUUUAGCCAUCGGUGCAUCUUGCAGUACUUCCGUCUUAUCUGGUCUGAGUACAUCACUUGCUAUUUGUUGUGAAGAAUUGCCUCAUGAACUGGGUAGGUUUUUUUAG